AUGUUUGCAUCUAGCUUCCCCACGAUCGCUAUUUUGCGAUAUCUCCUCCUCCUCCUCCUCCUCCGCCUCGCACACAGCCCUCAAAUUUCCACACUCACUUCAUCCUCCCUCAUUUCCUUCCCCAUGCCCAUCCCUGUGCCCGACACCUUCAUCGACAAAGUUAUCACGUGGCUGCCGCCGCCACCCUGCAAAGACCCGAUCUGGAUAUUGGAUCGCGAAUGCGACGAUUGCGUCAAAGCCAAGAAGGGCAUUUGCAGCGACGCCUUGGAGGUAGACGACUCUUGCAGCCACUGCCUCACCCGCGACUGCACGACGUGGGGACUCCGCUGCGACGGCGCGUUCAUCGGGUUAGUCGGGUGGUUCCAGCGCGAAACCAUCCACAUCCGCUCCGACCUCCCGGACAUCACGGACAUCGUCGCCCAAGGCUCAGUGGACUACGCCCUCACCUGGCUCCGCGAACAGGACUUCACCACGAUCCCCGAGGCCGCGGCGCUCUUCGACUCCCCCUUCCCGAACUACGCGUCCUACGCGGUGUUCGGGAAGUGGGACCGGCAGGGCGCGCGCCACCUCACCGCCAACGUCGUGUUCCGCAGCCGUGUUAACCGUACCCGCGAACGUGAGGCGUUGAAGACGUCGACGUCGUCGGCCUCAAAGACCCCGCCGCCACUCACCCAGACCCACCGCCACCUCCCGCCGCCCCAACCAGCACUGCGACUGGCCGACAGCGCACUUCACUCACCGCGUCGUCGCGCUCGGUCUCGCGCAGUACGCUCCACGGUGAACAGCGGUCUGUCUCGACUUCGGCGUCCAUCUCGACCUCUUCGCGCGCAUCCACCUCCGCGCGCCCUAAGCGCGCCCCCCAUGCCCAUGUCCACCUGGGUCCGCGCCUCCCCCGCACCUCCAUCCACCAAGCGCAAGCGCAAGCUCGAUGACCCUGACGACCGCGACGACUCCCGCUCCAGGAAGUCCGCGCGCUCAUCCAGGUCCGCCGAGGAUCGGCUCAACCUAGAGCAGUUUGCCGCCGCCGCCCGCACCGUCCACGCUGGUGGGGACGCUGUCCGCUGGGCGCAGUUCAAUGAAAUCACGCAUAAGGUGGCUUACCACGCAUCAAGCCUCGCGAAGACCUCCUCGGAGCUGGCUCAGUGGGUGGACAACAACGCGCCCCACGCGUCCCUGGUCGACACUCCGUCCGACGAGGCGUAUAUGCGUCGCACAAUAAUGUGCGCGGACAUCCGCGCGUCGAAUCAUCGUUGCGCGCGGAUAUUCGUCGCACGCGCGGAUACCCGCACGUUGAACCACAAACCAGGCACUGUCACAACAUCGCGCGGACAUCCCGCUCCGCGUCUCGCUUCUCAUGCGUCGCGUCUUCCUCUAUUCCCAACCACCACCACCACCACCGACUCGCUCCUCCGCCUCACUAUACCCGCCACCUACUCCCUGCCAACCUCGCGCAACGUUUUCCCUAUGGCUUCCUCCUCCUCGACAUCCGCCGCACUCACCACUCCACCCUCCUGCCCGCUUGAUGUCGCCCCUAUGAAAGUCCCUGAGGGCACCAAGACGGCGCAGAUCAGCAACCACGCCACGCCACGGUGCGGGAGUAUUCGCUGGACAUUGCAGUCCAAGUGCGACGACUGCAUCGACUGCGGCACCAGAUGCUUGGGCAACGGCAUUGGUGCAUGCAAGCAGUGCUCCUCCGAUUUCUCGGGCAACUCAUGCACCAUGUACGGCAUCCGAGGGGACGGCGCUCUAAUCCUGCCACGCGUUGGCUUCGUCGGGUGGUUCCUGGGCGUCGGGUUUCGCGUCAUCGCGGACCUCCCCAAGACCACCGAGAUCGUCGCCCAGGGCGCGAUCGACUACAUCCUCACAUGGCUCGCGGAAGAAGACUUCGAGAUCGCGCCCGGCUGCAAGAGCCUCCCCUCGUCGCCCUUCCCUCACAUCCGCUCCUACCCCGCGUACGCGAAGUGGGACCGCAAGCAGGCGCGCGCGUUGGCCGCCGCCGUCGUCUUCUACGCCGGCCCCGACACUGAGUGCAUCACCGUCCUCGGUUCCUCCAAGAGGUGGUGGCUAGCCAUGCCCACCCCGGAGGAGGAACACGGCUGGUUCCUCCGCAUCCGCGAGGAUCGCAAGUCCUACCGCCCGAUUCGGAAGGGUGUCAAAGUCCUGCCCGCGCCCGCGCCCGCGCCCCGCAAGCCCGCGCCCGCGCCCCGCAAGCCCGCGCCCGCGCCCCGCAAGCCCGCGCCCGCGCCCCGCAAGCCCGCGCCCGCGCCCCGCAAGCCCGCGCCCGCGCCCGCGUCUUCGCCCACCACUGCGACCGCGCCCGCGUCUUCGCCCACCACUGCGACCGCGCUCGC